AUGCCUCUCCCACCACAAAAUAAUGAUGUUCCUAUUGGUCAUCGAAGGAAGAGUUUCAUCUCGUCUAUCCAGGGAGCCAUGAGUAACAACAAUCAGAAAGCAGAGCUGAUAGUUAAGCCGUACACAUUGAUUAGCAGAUGUUAUGCAGAGUUUCUUGGAACUUUUAUUUUCAUUUUCAGUGGAACUAUGCAAGCCAACGUGUACGACAUCAGUCAACCUGUUGGACUUACCCAUGCAGCAUUAACCCACGGCUUAGCUACCAUUGUCGUGAUUGCAGUGUUUGGAAAAAUCAGUGGCGGACACUUCAAUCCAGUUGUGUCCUGGGCAAUGGUUCUCUGUCGGAGACUUCCCCCACUAGCUCUCCCAUUCUAUAUGGCUGCUCAAUUCUUCGGAGGGUUCUGUGGAAACCUUCUAUCCGCUUGCUUACAAAGAAAACGAGAUUUCCUGAAUUGGGAAAACUACUCAAACAUUGGUUACGCUCUUCCACAAGACGCGCUCGAGUAUGGGUAUGAUAAAGUUCAUAACACAACAUACCAGAAGACGAUUCUGAUGACAACUCAACUAGCAGCAACAUCAUCUGGAAUCACUCAUUUGGGAGCGAAUCAUGUGUGGUGGGAAGGAUUGAUGAGCGAGACUAUUACAACUUAUUUCUUUGUCACUGUUAUUUUGAUGAUGGUAGUGGAUACAAAGGAACCGAGAGAAGCAACUCCGCUGAUAAUUGGAAUGAUGGUGAUUGUGAACAUUUUUGCGACAGCCUCCAUAACCGGUACCGCAAUGAACCCCGUCCGUGCUCUGUCCCCGAACGUCGUCGCAGAAAUUGUGCUCUCCUCUUCCUCUCUCCCUGCCAAAUUCUGGACGUACCACUACAUUUAUUGGGCUGGACCAUUCCUUGGAUCCACAAUUGCUGUCAUUGGCUACAAGCUUCUCCUUUCACAAGAUGAUCGCCUGAUUCCUUAA